AUGGCUGAAGUUCCUCCAGUUCCACCUCUACCUCCAGAGAGAUUCCUUGGUAAUUAUGGAGGUGCAAAUGCAUCAGGUGAUAGAUUAACAAUUGUUAACCAACCAGUGAAUGUGACUAAUUUUCAACUGCAUCCUAGCACAAUCAAUCAAUUUGAAAGAAAAUCUUUCACCAGAAAGGAUUUGAUCUCUGAUUUGACUCUCAGUAAGCGUGAUGACUUCGGAAAAGACUAUGGGAAAAUUUUGAGCCUUCUGACUAAGAAAGUUGACUAUGGGAUUAUCAGCUCUUUGGCACAAUAUUAUGACCCACCUCUACGUUGUUUCACAUUCACUGAUUUCCAACUAGCUCCUACUUUGGAGGAAGUUGAGAGAAUUGUGGGUCUCAAGUUGAAAGAUUUUAAUCCAUUUCCAAAGCUCGAAGAGGAAGCGGGCCCAAAGAAGAUAGCUUUAGCCCUAAGUAUCAAUGUCCCAACUAUUCUAGACAAUUGGGUCGAGAAAAGGGGUUUCAAAGGUUUUGCCAUGAUGUUCUUGGAAGAUUUAGCUCUGAAGUUCAAGAAAAAAGGAAAUUGGAACGCAUUAUAUGUUGUGUUGGCUUUAUUGAUCCAUGGGAUUGUGCUCUUCCCAAACAUUGAAAAGUUUGUGGAUCAUGUAGCCGUAGAAGUCUUUCUCUCUGGAAAUCCUGUACCAUUUCUCUUAGCUGACAUUUGCCAUGCCCUUCACGCUCGACAUGAAAAGAGGGGUGGAACUUUGUUAUGCUAUGCUCCUUUGCUUUAUACUUGGUUCAUGCAACAUAUUCCCGAAAAAGGCCCUUUUAUGGCAAAGGAACUUAAAUCUCCUCAAAGACUAGCUUCUCUCACUGCAAGUUCCAUCAAAUGGUAUAUCCGAGAGUGGGAAACCCCAGACAUCAUUGUCAGCUGUGAGGAAUUUUCUAAUGUGCCGUUGUUAGGUACUAAGGGUUGCAUCAAUUAUAACCCUGUGUUAUCUCGAAUGCAACACGGUUACUCCAUGGAUGGUCCUCCCGAAGCAAAGGACUUACAGCCAUUUGUGCUCUUUGACAUCCAAGCAAGUAAUCCUGAUGUAAGAGUGAUCCUAAAGGCUUGGUUGAAGAUUGUUAGGAAGGGUAAAGAGUUUGGAAAAAGAAACACUCUUGUCAAAGAACCUUACACUCGAUGGGUGAAAGAAAGAGUUGAAGAAAUCCAUUUGCCAUUUAUCUUUAAUGCUUCAGCUUUUCCUAAAAUUCCCGAGCCAAAGCCCAUACUCCCUGAGGACAUGGAGAAACUCGCUGCUAAAGUUAAGGAGCUCGAGUUGGAGAAUACCGAAUUACAGAUUCAGAUGAACCAAGCUAUCUUGGAAAAUCAAAAUUUGAAGGAUGAACGUAAGGGGAAAGCCCAAGAGGCUAGGGCAACCUUAGAUGAAUAUCAGCAGGUCAUCAAGAAACUCCAAGAGCUCUAUGUUGAAUGGAAUGGCAAGUUCCGCAACUUAGCUAGAUUUGUUAACCUCAACAUGUUGGAACUCCCAGAAAAACUCCAAGAAGCCGAUUGGUGUAUGUGUCCAGAAAACACACCUCCUCAAAUUUUCAAUUUUGACAAGUUUUGCAAGAAAAUGAUGAAGGAGCUCACCACAGAUCUUGCUACGAUCAUAAGAGCUGAGACGGAGCUUAAGUUUACUUGUACUUGA